AUGAACGCCAAACGACUUCGCAAGAAGCGGUCGUUACCCACCGGACCGAUGCCGCCUCAAGUGGCGUGGCUCGACAGCAUUUCGAUGAACGUGGCGCCACUCGUCUCCAGACCUCGAAAUUCCUGCCGGAUCGACUAUUUGCUCACCGUGACGUGUGAAGGCCGCGAUGCAUCGGAAUCCUCCACCUGGCACUUGGUGCGCAGCUUCGACGAGUUCCGGUUCUUCCGCAAGCGAUUGACAGCAAAUUUGCAGCGUGGACAUUUCUGCCGCGCCGAGUGUCCGUGGCUGUACACGUUUCUAAAAAGCUACUAUCCCAAGUCUCAAUUGGUCGGGAAUUCGCUGUCCAAAGUAGUGGAAAGACGACGGAAAAAGUUGACGCGCAGUUUGGCGACGAUCCGCAGCUUCCUGUUGAAUAGAUCGAACCACGUUUGCCCGUUGGUGAUGAAGGGCAUCGCUCUGGAGUUGCUGGAGUUUGUGGUAGGAAGCCAUCAAGAAUCGGAUCACGACAGACAUGGUGAAGUUCCCGAGUGGCUACGGCAACUACUGCAAAGAUGGCAGGACGGAGAACUGGAUCCGGAAGAAUCUACAUGCUCUGAGGACACGCAGACCGAUGAUUCCAGUAUGGAUAAGGACAUUUGCACGCUGUGUGAUUAUCCGUUGGUAGGUCAUUCUCGAACAGAGGAUGUGGAUGGUGACCGGUGGUCCCAGCUCGCUGCAGCCGAACCGUUCACAACACUUACCUGUGGUCACAAUUUCCAUGACGAAUGCUUGAUUGGAAAGCUCAAUGAAGCUCUUGAGUGCCCAACCUGUGGUCGCAAAGAGAGCUCAUAA